GCCUCGCAGACAGAUACUAUUGGCCGGGAGUGGUGGCUCGAGUAAGGAAAUCUGCAGGCAGAUGCUAUUGGAGGGGAAACGUGGCCUAAAUCCGCAUUUAAAAGAUGGCGGACACGGAACGUAAAUCGGAACGUGAAGCGAUAGCCGAUUGUGAUAGAACAAGCGAACCAGUUCCUAAGAAACCACGGAGUAGUGUUCUUCAGAAUCGUGGUCCAAACAUUAUUUUCGGAGAGCAAAUAACAAGUGGAGACGAGUUUGGUGGGAGUUGUGUGGUGGAGAUUUCAGCACGGCCUGAAGAUCCAGAGCUGGAGAUGGUAGUGACUCAGGCCACGGAGGGUAUACAAGAAAACAACAACAAUGAGCCUGUGACCUCGGAUCUCACAAAAGAUUACUGUAACGCAGAUAAGACUCUGUUGUCUGGAUCUGAACGUGAUGUGUUAGGGCUAAUGGAUGAUGGUGUUCACCGCAAUGGAUUUUAUUCACCUGAAUUGGGUGAUGAUGACUGCUCCUCUCAUGCCAGUUCUAGCGACUGGACUCCCCAGCCAUGCAUUGGUUCCUACCGCUUUAUUCAGCAACAAAUAAUGAGAGAGACUGAUCCACGGACUAUUCUAAAUGACCUUCUUCCAGAAACUGCCAUUCCACCUGAUCUUGAUGACAUGACACUAUGGCAGAUUGUCAUCAACAUCUCGGAGCCCCCAAAGAGAAGGAAACGCAAAGAUAUUAACACCAUAGAGGAUGUCAUCAGACUUCUUAAUGAUUGCAAAAAGAUACUUGUCCUGACUGGUGCUGGGGUCUCAGUUUCCUGUGGAAUACCUGAUUUUAGGUCUCGAGAUGGGAUUUAUGCUCGACUUGCUGUCGAUUUUCCAGACCUUCCAGAUCCUCAAGCAAUGUUUGAUAUUGAGUACUUCCAAAGGGAUCCAAGACCAUUUUUUAAAUUUGCAAAGGAAAUUUACCCUGGACAGUUUAGACCAUCACUUUGUCACAGAUUUAUUGCUAUGCUGGAUAAGAAAGAUAAACUACUCAGGAACUACACUCAGAACAUUGACACUCUGGAGCAGGUUGCUGGAGUCCAAAGGGUCAUGCAGUGUCAUGGUUCCUUUGCAACUGCUUCCUGCCUUGUGUGUAAACACAAAGUUGAUUGUGAUGCCAUAAGGGAAGAUAUUUUCAGACAGGUUGUUCCCCAUUGUCCAAGGUGCUCGAAUAUCCCUUUCGCUAUUAUGAAACCAGACAUCGUCUUCUUUGGAGAGAACCUUCCAGAAGCUUUUCAUAGGGCCAUGAAGCAGGACAAGGAUGAGGUGGAUCUCCUCAUUGUUAUUGGAUCCUCUUUGAAAGUGCGACCAGUGGCUCUUAUUCCAAGCUCUGUUCCCCAUGAAGUGCCUCAAGUGUUGAUCAACCGUGAGCCCCUGCUUCACUUGAACUUUGAUGUGGAAUUGCUAGGAGACUGUGAUGUCAUCGUCAAUGAAUUAUGCCAUCGACUGGGUGGUGACUUUGAGCAGCUUUGCGAUAACUCUUCUCAACUAAGUGAGAUCACAGAGACACCUCCUCCUCUGCCAACUACUCUACCUGAACAGGCAUGUGUCCAGACAUGUGACGUUCAGAAUACAUCACAGUUCAUCACAAAAGAUGUUGCAGAAACAUCAGAGACAGUAACAGUUAUAGACUCUUGCCCAAAUGCACAGUUCCUAAAUUAUGGGAAUCUGAACACAUUUUAUACAUCCAAGGAAGCAAGACCCACAGUAGAGCUAGAAAACAGAUCAAGCUCACCAAAACCUUCAACACAAGAAAGUUAUGGGUAUCUUAAUACACAGCCAAGCACUUGCAGAGAGAGCUCAGAUACUGAUCAGAAUGCACAAUUGGAGGCAGUUGGAAACAGUCCAAAUACACAGCAAGAAAGAGAGGGGAUAAUGGAGAUGCUGGAAAUGCAAACUGAAGAGCAGCUCAGAAAAGAAAGAAAUGAUCUUCGCAAACAAUGCUGGUUGAAACAAAUCUGCCGAAGUCCAAUCAGUAAUCGCCUUGGAACUUCCCAAUAUUUAUUUCAGGUUCCAAAUCGUUACAUUUUUCAUGGAGCUGAAGUGUACUCCUGCUCAGAAGAUGAAACGUCUAGUUCUGACAAUGAGGGCUCCUGCUGCAGUGGUUUUGAGGAACAAGAAAGUGAUGCAGAGGAGGAAUGCAUAUCUGGAGACUGUAGAACACCUGGAGAGGAUGGUGUUGAAGAGACAGUGGAUGAAAAUAAACACAUGUCAAGCAUUCACACAGACAGUACAAGGGUGAAUCUCAACACAACAACAGACGUUUAAAAUAUGAACUCCUUACUUCUUUGAGUACUAUAUAUAUGUCUUGUGCUUAUUUCUGGUUGUGACUGUAUAUUUUUGUACUCUUCUCCCCCAGUCCCACUCUUGUACAGUGUGCUCCAAAUCUAUUUGGACAGGAAAGUCACAAUAGUGCUUUUUAUUGAUUUUUCAGUUUUUAUUAGAGAUGUAAUGUUGAAGGAUUGAAAGUAAUGGUGACUUUUUGUAUUUAGAUAUUUCAAUAUUUUGUGUUUCAUUAUUCUGGUUGUAUAACUCAUGUCCAGUCCACCAUUUGAUGAGCAUGUUUUGUUAAAUUAAUCUGUUUAUGUUGGUUGCAUAUUUCUUGUUUAUGUUUAUCUAUGUAUAUCUAGUUUAACUAUGCACAAACUUGUAAGAGGAUUGAGAAAAUUCUAAUUAGUACAAAGUGCAAGUCAAGAAUUUGUAUUUUCUUUGGAAAAUAAAAAUUAUGUGCAAUAAAACCUCUUACACGCAAGAACAUUUUACAGGCACUUUCAACAAAGUAAAAAGUACACUGCGACACAUUCAUGGAGCUGUAACAGAAAGGCCUGACAAGACGGAGUUGAGGCUAGAAGCUUUCGAUCACUGACAUU